CGAAUCUUGGUCAAGUCACCCGUACUCACACAUUGAAGCCGUAGAAGAGCCAUCGCAUCAUGGGUAACACUAUCUCAUACCAAGAAACGCCAGUCGAGCUCAAACUGGGCGACCGAGGAACCAUUCGAGGGCUCCAGUUCGACGACAAGUCGCGCCGCUUCACCGGCGUCCCUUACGCCCUGCCACCAACUGGCGAGUACCGAUGGCGGAAACCUCGACCAUUGCCCGCAUCAUUCUCCUACACCGACUAUAACGGAAGCGCAUAUGACGCGACAAACUUUAAGUCCGUAUGCCCUCAGAAGGCCUUCCACGUAGUCAAGCCCGACGGCGGAGGAAAUACCUACGGCGAAGACUGCUUGUUUGUCAACAUCUGGACGCCGGUUCCAAAAAAGGGCGAGGAAAAUAAGAAAUGGCCGGUGCAGCUCUGGAUUCACGGCGGGUGGUUCCAGAUGGGCGAUCCAUCGCAGGAGCCGGGGAUGGAUGCAACAGAGCUGAUCACCACGGGUGGCCUCAAUGCAAUCGUUGUGGCUAUUGGAUACCGCCUCAACGUCUUUGGAUUUCUGGCAGGAAAUGAUCUCUUGCAGGAGAGCAACGGUGAAGCGGGAGGAAACUUUGGUCUUUGGGAUCAACGGGUGGCCGCAGAGUGGGUGCGAGACAAUAUUGCCCAUUUCGGAGGAGACCCGGGAAAUGUCACGCUUGCUGGCCGGAGCGCUGGAGCAUACAGCGCCGAGGCUCAAAUGCUCUACGACUUCCGGAAGACUGGCAGCAACUCAUCUUUAUACAAACGUAUUUUCAUGGACUCAAACGCGAUUCCAGCACAGCCAAAAUCUCUUGACGAUGUCCAAGACCAAUUCGACGAGCUUUGUGCAUACUUCAAGAUCGACGCCACCAUUUCUGGAGGGGAGAAACUCUCGAUUCUGCGGGGAAAGGGUGAGGAAGAGCUUUUAGAGGCCAUCCCCAAGUUGAAAAACCACACUUUCCGGCCCGUUACGGACGAUGUCUUCGUACACUCGGGUAUGAUUGAGUACCUCCAGGGCAAGGAAUUCGCAGAUGAGUUCAAGCGCAGAGGGUAUAGGUUGCUCAUCGGUGAGGUUUGGAACGAGGAGACUCUCUAUUCUUCGUACAAUGCACCUACAGAGGCGACGCUCGAAGCUCUGCGCUUACAAGUUUCGAACUACUACGCUCCGGACGUCACAAAUCGCGCAAUCUCACAGUACAAGCUGCCAGAAUCAGACAAGUUGCAAGACUGGCAAACAACCUUUGGUAAGAACGUCCCUAUUCAAGGCAACCAAUUUGCUCCAGUGCCAGUCACUCACUCAUAUGCCACAGGAUCAAUUGUCUCGGACGGACAGGUGCGCGCUCCGUCUAGGGCACUUGCGAAAGCGCUAGUCGACAACGGUGUCGAUAUUCGAGACGUGUGGCGGUACCAGAUCGCCUACAGACUGUCCUUCAUUGAUGAGAAGGUGGCGCCGGCAUCGUUCGGGGUGGCGCAUGCCAUGGACAGGCCAAUCUGGAACUUUUCAAUCACCCAUGGUCCGACCCCGACCGAAAGACAAUUGAUGGAAGACUGGAUUCAAAUCUUGGUCAACUUUGUGAACGAUACUGAGGCUUACGAGUACGGGACAAAGAGCGUUGAGGAGAUGAAGGUCUUGACCCCGGAGGGCACGAUUGAAGUCCGGCCCGAUGAGAGGUGGAAUGAGCUGGUGAAGUUGGGGAAUAUCUUUGCUAGCAAGUGAGCCGCUCCAGGAUCCGAAGGUACCAGUCGCUCAAUUUGAAGAUCAUUGUAAUGUCAUCUGCAGGCAUGAGAGGAUUGAAUGUUUGAGGCGCAUGCUGUCACACCAGAGAAAUGGUGGCUGGACUCGCUGGAGCCUGGAGGCCAGUGAUUUAUUUGACCCCUCAUGCUUAUGCUAGGCCAAGAAUAGCGCUCUGCGCUCAUAGUGCC